UUUGAAAAUUUUUGUUUCUUUUCUUUUCUUUACUUUACUGAUUUCUUAAAAACACACUAUAUGGCCAAACUGGCCAUUAUUAAAAGUGAUAUUUGAAGAUAUUGUUUGGCAGCCCUGUGCCCUGUAUGAUCACAAUCCUGAUUUCUCUGAUGUCUGAUAACCUAUUCUUAUAGACAGUCUAUACCUAUUCUAUUGUACACAAUCAACAUUGUUGAAGAUUUAUGUGCUGUUUUCAGUUUUUUUUCUUUUACAGCGAUUGAAAAUAGUACUGUACCUGCCCUGUGAUAGAGAUGAAUCAAUCAACUUCAGCUUUAUUUCCUGAAUCAUGUUCGAAAGUAGAAACUUCAAGUUUGGAUUGUCAUUGUACCGUUGAAAUCGUCUGGGGAAAAUUCGCUUACUUGUGGACGGUAAAACAUUUUGAGCAAUAUCAUUUUAAAGCAACCAGCGCUCUGAGAUCGUCUCUGUUCAGAAUCUCCGAUUAUCCCGAAUAUGUGUGGAACUGGAGUUUAUUCAUUGCAAGACCAGGGCAUGAAUGCGAUAAUUACAUCGGCGUAGGAUUAUCUCUGGAAAGCAGCGAUGAUCUCCGACUCCGAGAGGCACUCGCUGCGAUGAAAUUUUCUGUAUUAGAUCAUGAGCGAAAUGUACUAUUUUCUCGUGUAUACAAUCACUUGUUUACAAAGGAAACUAAACAGUAUGAAUGCUCACAAUAUAUUUCAAAGAACGCAUUACUAGAUCCCGAUCCAAAUAACAAAUUACUCAAAGAAGACACGCUAAUAAUUCUCUGUGAAUUGAAAUUCACUCCUGUGAAUAAGCCGGGCACCAAGUUAUAUCAAAACCCCAACCCUGAAAUACGAUCGACAAUUUCUGACGAUCUUUCGAAAAGCUUAGAACGUUUAUUGAAUAGUCAAAACUGCGUUGAUGUAACAUUUUCAGUUAAUGGGAAGAAUUUCGGCGCUCACAAAAGUAUUUUAGUGGCACGAAGUCCAGUAUUCGAGGCCAUGUUCAAACACGAUAUGCUAGAGAAUCGACACAGCGAGGUGAAUAUUUCGGAUAUCGAUGGUGCUGUAUUUGAAGCAUUUUUACACUACAUGUAUACUGAUAGAACUCCGGAUGAAAUAAUGGCGAAAGAGUUACUUGUUGUAGCAGACAGGUAUCAAGUUGAUCGUCUGAAGCUAAUUUGUGAAGAAAUGAUAUCGAAACAAUUAUCGUUUAAGAACGCGCUUAAUUUGUUAUAUUUUGCUGAUCUACAUUCGGCAGAAAGAUUAAGAAAAAACGCUGCAUUUUGUAUCAAAUCACACCCUGUUGAUCUCAUGUCAACUCAGUCGUGGAAAAAUCUGAUUCUAACAUGUCCUCACUUAUUUGAUGUUGUAAAUGGAGUGCGAGAAGUUGACAAGGAAUCCGCAGAUUCAUUGUUGGAAGCUCUGAUGAUUCAACCCGUUAAGUCACCAGAGCUUCCAGUUCCAUCCAUGGAUGGUACCUCUGCUAAACGGAAACGGACAUGAAGUGAAAAACUUUAUUGUAUUGCCUAAGCGUCAUUAGAUUGUGUAUUUAUAUAGGUACCUAUGUUACUUUUCAUAUUUUUUUUUCUUCAUUAUGUCCUCCUACAUACGUAUCUAUCGUCAUCUUGAUUCAAAUUGUUCAGAUUAUGUCUUGCUAUAUAGAAUAAAAAAUAUGUACCUACAUGAACAAGGAAACUUUAUUUUAUGUUUCGCCAUUAGAAAAAUAGGUAUGCAGAAAAAGAGAAAAAAAAGUUACCAAAAUACACUUUAAAUAACAGAAAAAAAAAACACAAUAACUAAAGAGUAGGUAAAUAUGAGAUGAGUUCAAGAAUACUUCUAAUUUUCACCCAAUCACUUCCAACGGAUUUAAGCAUC